AUGUCCUUAGUUCCUGUCGCCCACACGACUUCUCAUGACGUCCAACCUUUGCGGGACACACAAAAAAGAUUACUUUUUUCAUGCCAAAUCACCUCAUCCCAGCUCUGGCGAGUCAAUUGCGCCCAAUUGGCCGCCGCGCUGGACGACUCUCCCACUGCCGAUCCCAUUGACUCUGCCGCGUUUCCGUCAACCGACCGGACGACGGCAACUCGAACGGCGCCAGAAGAUCGUCUCCUCGUCUCCACCGCCAGCCUCACCGGCCACGUCGGACCGGUCUGGUCGAGUGAUUGGCACUGGACCGGUCGUCACGUCGUGACUGGCGGCCAUGACGGCACCGUACGGCUAUGGCAACUGGACGGCCCGAUGGCUACUGCCAGUGUUGCCAUGGCGACACGAGGAGGAGGAGGAGGUGAGUUGACUGACUCGUCCGGUCAAUUGGCAGUAGGACAAAGUGCCUGUGUGGUCGGUCAGAAUGAGGGCAAUUUGUGCCGAUCCGUGCUACGGGGAAGACGAGCAGAGAGCCGAAGUCCGGGAUCCGGAUCGGUGAAUUCAGUUCACUUUCUGCCCUACAGCAACAUCGUGUCGGGAGGAUCAUCCGACGGCAACGUGUACAUCUGGGACGCAAGGACUGUUCGGACAGGGUGCAUUAAACCAGAUCGCCUUGACAACACGCCCAAGUUGGCAGGCUCUUUGAUACAUGCGGCCCAUGGCAACGAGGUCAAAAGUUCCUUCUUUUUCGAAUAUAUGAUAAUGCUCAUGCAGAUCGACGUGGAUGGUGGUUUUUGCUGCACUGAAAUCACUGGCUUUCUGUCCAUCGGCUUGCGGAACCGAGCUCGUCAGUGUCUUUCCACCCAAAAACCAGUUGCCAUGGCCUCGGAAAUAGACUGGGUUUGA